GUUCCGCAUGAUCAGCUAACAAGGUGUCCCCGACCUCGUCCGGUGGCGUGAUCCACGUGUACGCCGACAGCAGCUCAGAGAAGACCAGCGGCAGCUUCAUCCCCUACUGCUCCAUGGCUCAAGCACAGCUCUGUUUCCAUGGACACCGUGAUGCUGUCAAGUUCUUCGUCUCUGUUCCAGGCAAUGUGUUGGCCACCCUGAAUGGCAGUGUACUGGACAGCCCCACAGAGGACCCUAACUCAUCAGCACCCCCAGAGGCUGAUGAUAAGGCUAUUCACAAUGCAUUGGUGCUGAGUGGUGGAGAAGGCUACAUUGAUUUCCGUAUAGGGGAUGGAGAAGACGAUGACACUGAAGAAGGCCCUGAAGAGGCCCCACAGAUCAAGCCGGCACUGUCAAAGGCUGAGAGGAGUCACAUCAUUGUAUGGCAGGUGUCUUAUGUACCCGAGUGACACCGGAAUGGGCAUAUGGCCCCUCCCUCCCUGUGUCUAACCCCCACCUUGACAUGCAUGUCCUCUCCACUUCACUAAACCAUAAUCAUCAGUUAACCCAACUGGCGAACCGCCAAACAUAAUACCCUAUCUUCAAAAAAUGAAGCUGCUGUGUCUUUCUGUACUGACACUAUACAGCCUGUUCGCAGUCAGACAGCACACCACCUGACAGACUAUACUGCCCCCUUGUGGCCAGUUGUAAACAGCUUGUGGGCCCCAUCAGUUCUCCCAGCCUGGUAAUGGAGAAGUAGCCGUCCUUCUUAGGCCACCCCGCUCUCAGGCCCGUUCCGGUUCACGUAUGCCCAGAACAAUUCAUCACUCUCAAGCCAAGCAACUCUUAGAAUUCCGCAUGCGCAAAAGAGAAUCAAAUAAAGGAAUAAAAUGAUCAUGUAACACGUUGCCUUAGUACUGUUUUAAUCCUGAUGUGAAUGCAUUUCAUGUAUCCAGAAUGAAUAACACAACAGAAAAUGCGGUAGACGUUAUAACUAUAAGAAUGUUUGUCUUGGCACGACUUUAUAAUAGACAACAGCUGAUGUCAAUAAAAAUGCUAUUUGGGUUUUUGUUGUGUACAUGUCUAUGCAUAAACAGUAAAAUGUUGUAGAGGAAACAAAUAUAAUGAAGAUAUUAAAUGUUUAGAUUUAUAAUACAUUGACAAUCAUGAAACCUAGAUCGUGCAGAAAUAUAUGCAUAGGACAUUUUUUCCCAAACACGUUAAACAGCUAAACUUCACUUUGAAAACUUGUGAAACGGAUAAAGAUCAUCUUUGACUGUUCUCUGCGCAUGCGUCAUCCCAGCCAGAAGGGGGCCGAGAGCAGCAGACCGGGGCCUGAGAAGGGCAGCUGCAGCCGUGUAUUAAUGUGUUAAUGAUGUAAAACUUCCCAUAAGUAAAGUGGCAAUGCUAUUGCUACAGCUAUAAGCUGUAAAGGCACUCCUACUUAUCUGCAUCCCUUCCACCCACCAUGUAUUAAACUCAUCAAAA